UACCCGGUCCCGGACAUGGCGCCGGGCUCGGCUCGCUCCCGCCGGGCGGCGGACGGAGGGACAGGCGGCCGGGGCGCCGCGCCGCACUCGUCCGCGCGCCCCGCUUUCCCUGAGCCCCUCAACCCCCCCCCCCCCCCCAACCCCGCACCCUCGGCCGUGACCCCGCCGCGCCCGCCCGGCGCCUGCAGCGCGACCCCUGGCGGCCGGGAGGGCCCCCUGCACGCAGGCCGCCGGGCCUGGUCACAUGUGGCCCAGGAGGCCCCGGCUGGCUGCGCCGACCCUGUGACACCCCUACUUCCAGGUUUAGGGGACACUGCAUUCCCUGUUGGCUUCGGCCACAAGCUCUCAGUUCCCUUUUCUGAAAAAGACAAGGGCUUUGGAAAGAGGAAGAGGUACGACUGUCUCCUAGGCUCUCCCGGGACCCAGCCUGAGUCCUGCCUGGCAUCCACAAUUGGUGUGCAAGCCUCCUCGGAGCCAGCUGCCCCUGGGUAAACUUCGGACUGCCAUCUCAGCCACCGGCCACCUCCUCACCCGGAACUCACUGCCAGGCCUCAGCACCGCGCCUGGCCAGCCAGGGCCCCCUGUCCCCACGCUCAGCCUAGCCUGGACAGGUGGGGUGGGAGGGCACGGGAGGGGCACAUGUGCUGCCCUGGGAGUCCUCAUCCAGCCUGGACGCUCAAGUUCAACGCUGGGUACAGAUUCUGAGGCUGAGGCCCCUCCACAAACCACAACAGCGCUGAGAAGAGGGCCCCAGGACCCUCUGAACCCCCAGAUACAUAUCCAACAAUAGAAACCCCACCAGAGCUUGAUAUGAUUUUUUUAUUAACAUAUAAUAUAUUUAAUAAAAAAUAAUAUCCA